GCAUGGUUUCGAAUUGUAUGAUUUUUCUCUUAUAAAUACAAAUAAAUCUGACCUAAUUUUAUUGAUUGGUUUGUUUUCCGAACCGAGGGCCUGUUGCGUAUUUUAGAUUAUUACUUCGACCCCUUUGACUUGUUGCAUGUAAAGUACCUCAGCCUCGGCGUUUUUUUUCUUCGCUUUUUAUUUUUCUCCCUCCCGUGUUUUAUACAAGACAUUUUUUUACAGAGGGAAGACAUUUUCCUCUUAGACGAGUCUUGUAUUAGAUAUUACUAUUUUAUUUGGAUUUACACUGUAUUUUUCUGGUCAAACAUCCACCCCAUGUCAAGCCUGAGAGAGAUGGAGAGCGACGCGGGUACCCAGACCAGUUCUAAUUCAGUGAGUCCGACACCUCCAGUACUGACCCAUGCUGACCCGGAUAUCCACUUCGGCACAGUUAUUCCAAACCGCAUCUUUGUUGGAGGGAUUGAUGCCAAAACUAAUGAGAACGAUCUCAGGCGUUUUUUUUCCCAUUAUGGGACAGUUAAGGAAGUGAAGAUUGUUGUUGAUCGUGCUGGAAUGUCCAAGGGGUAUGGAUUUGUGACUUUUGGGACUCCAGAGGAUGCACAGAAAAUUCUUCAUGAAGCAAGUACUAAUAGACUGUGUUAUCGGGAUAAGAGGCUGAACAUCGGACAGGCCGUCCGAAAGCAGCAAGUGGCCACGCGCUGUGGUUACACCGUGGCAGGUUCCAGCCCUCCUCUGGUUCUGCCAGCACCAUUUGGUGCUAUGCACAUGACCACGCCCACUGGAUAUCCCUACACCUACUACAAUGGAGUGGCCUAUUUCCACAACCCAGAGCCGAAUACACACCCAUCACACUGGCCUGCUUCUCACACAGUACCCGGAUCUGCAGUCAUGGUGGCUCACCCUUCUCCUCCCUUUUUUACUCCGCAGGCCUACCACCAACACCAGGGGCCUUCUCAGUGUGUGAACGGACCGGUGCCAUGGGCUUUUCCUCAUGUAGAGUCCCCUGUUCCUUCAACCUCGAGUCCUUUGCUAUAUGUCCAGCCUGCUGAAAUGAUGUAUCACACAGCGGAUCCAAUGGAAAACGGAUGUGCUCAGUCAGGUGUUCCUCCGAUGGAAGCUGGUGUUCCUGAGCAGGGGUAUAUGGAUCAUAUGGCACAGCCACCAUACCAGAUUUGUUUGAGUCCACUAAUUCUGGCUCAGGGUGAUGGAGUGAAGGAGCCGAAGUUCCAUACAGUGAUACGGUCCUUCUCUCACUCUGCCUUCCAUCUGAGACCCAGAUACAACCGUGGCCCUCAUUACAAACACCUGCGUAGAGACUACCGACCUGAUCUUCAGACCUCGCCGCCACCUCCUCCUCCUCCUCCUAUUUCAUCCUCACCCAUGCAGGAUGCACUGAAAUAAAAGGGUUUGGUCUGCUUCCUCACCCCACAGUUCAGUACACACCUGUCAAGCCAGCUACCUGUAACACAACACACACCCCACCAGACAAAAGCGACAAGCAUCGUCAGAACGAAACAAAAAAUCUCUAAAUACGUGCACGUAAUAAAAUUUAAACUACACCUAAUUAUUUAGAAGCUACAAAAUCUCUACACAAAAUCCAUUUGUUUGAUGAGGACAAAAGAACAAGAAAUAAAUGUGAUUAUACAAACACGUUACCAGAUCUAAAACGUAACUUCAGGAUUAUAGACAAAUAGAAAUGUGUGUAAAUCAGAUGACAAAACUACAGACAAGAUGUUUACAUAAACUUGUUUGAGGACAACCCCCACCCCACCCCCUUCUACUCAUCUUAUUAAUAUAUAAAUGCAGUAAACUUUAUAUAACAAACUGAACUUUUACAGGGUCUGUUUUCGUCCCAUUUUACAUUCUAAAUAAGAAUGAAACGGUAAUAAUUUUAACGUUUUUUUUUUUUGUUUGUUUGUUUUUUGUUUUUUUAUCUGUUGAUGCAUUUAAAUAUAUUAUAUGGAUAUAAACCCAGACUACAUAUUUACUGUUUUUACGUUUAAGAUUUGUACUCGUAUCGUACACUCUUGUUUAUCAUGCCAAUGACUCUGGAUUUAUAUUCAGAAAUUUUGAAAUUGCCCAGAAAAAACAACUUUCAAGAUUGCGUUCAAGAUUUAAUUAGCACGGAUGCAGGCAUAUUGUCAUAAGACAAUAAGUAUCAUUUUAAUGCCGUUAAAAAAAAAACAACAACAAACAUGAAACACAAGUGCGAAUGUUCCGGGUGACACUACGUGUAUCGCUACGUGCCUUCGAUUUCUUGGAUAUUUCGUUACCGCGUUUACACUUUUAUAACCGAACGAAUGACGUCCAUAUGCUCAGUGUAUUAGUUUUUUUUUUUUUUUUGUAGCAACUUGCUCAACAUGAAAGCUUCUAUUUACGUACAGUGUAACGCUGUGACGGUGCGCCAGCGAUCAGCUCACUCAACCAGCCACAUUUAUUUAUUUAUUUAAACAUAUCGAUAUCAGCAGUAUGUUUGAGUCAGUCAUAGUUAACAUGAGACACACGUUUUCCCACAUACCGAUUUUUCUCCAUGCAAGUGUUUGGCUUGAAGUUGUGUUUCUGUAAAUAGUUUUCAGUACAUGCUAUUCGGUGCACAUUUAUUAUUUUGUGCGGAAGUGACAUUUGUCCAAAUUCUUUUUUCGCGUUCGAACAGUGUUGUAGGUGGUUGUUGAGGAACCCUGAAAAUAAUACAGAAAAAAUAAAUCUGCUAUUACAAGGGGGAUUUAUGGUCGUCAUGUACACCGUUCUUUUGUUACGAGUUCAACGUCUACAUUACGAGACGUAUACGUUUCUUGCAAAUGUGUAAACUGUUUUUGAAAACUGCUGUUGGUCAAUAAAUAAAACACAGUGAAUUUGA